AUGCACCAGCCAUGCAUCUGCAUUCAUUCCUCGGCGCUGUCUGCCCUCCCGGUCCUCCUGUGCAUGCAAGCGAACGACCACCAUCCUCCCCAUCUCACCACCACACUGCCCCUAUUUGGCCGCCCCGCCAAUGCUCCGCCGGCGCUUCUCCAUCUCCCCAAUGCGCACCAGGCUCCCCAUGACAUUGGUACCCCCGUCUCCGCACCCCCUCGUCGCAACACAGAUGCCCGCUGCAGGUACGGCGCCACAAUUGCACACGUCCUGCACACACACGCUCCCAAUCGGGCACCCAUCCCGCCCAAACAUGCUGCUCUGGCACCGUACAAGGCCCACGUCGCCGCAGCUCACACGCCGCUGCCCUCGACGGUUGUUGCGCAGAUGCAUCGCGUUGCCGCGCUGCCAGAACCGCACAGCCGGUCGAACCCGCAGUCCGAGUCGCACGGCGGAGACGCGCACACGCCAUUAACACACUCUCUGCCAGACGUGCACGCGUUGCCGCAGCGCCCACAGUGCUGCAGAUCCGUCUUGGUGUCACGGCAGCUGCCGUCGCACACCUGCACCCCAGCUCCCCCGCACACGGGUGCUGCACUGGGCGUUGCGCUGCUGCUCGAGCUGCUCGUCGUUGUAGUGGUGCUCAGCGAUGGCUCUACCGUGGUUGACGAUUCCACACUUGACAAGGAUGUACUGCUAACCAAGGAAGUGCUGCUCGCCUCUGUGCUUGAUUCGCUCAGGCUUGUAGUCACGAUGCUAGAUGUCGACGAGCUUGGCUCCCCGCUGCUGGACGACGUAAUAGUAUCGCUGCCAGACGGCGUAACAGAAACACUGCUAGACGAGGUAAUAGUAGCGUUGCCAGACGACGUUACUGGAAUGCUGCUGGAUGAGGUCAUAGUAUCGUUGCCAGACGACACUGCUGCCAGACGACGUAAUAGUAACGCUAUCAGACACGGUAAUAGUAUUGCUGCCAGACGAAGUAACAGAAACGCUGCUGCUGCUGUUGCUAGACAUGCUCGACAAAGUGCUGACUGCCGACGAGCUCGAGUUGCUGAACAAACUCGACGAGCUGCUACCCGUUUCUUGAACCGAGCUGAGGAGCUCGUAGUCGAAGCAGACCACCAAAACGAUGUAGUCGACGGGACCAGAGAGCUGUUCGUUGCAAACGUGCUGUUCGAAAAACUGAACGUGCUGCUUGGAGAUGCUGACGAGUCAGUGAUCGAAACCACGCUUGUUGCAGACGACGACCCAUUGAAGCUGCUCAUGCUGCUCAACGACGCCGACGAGCUGCUCGUCACAGAUACAUCGCUAGUAGGUACCACGCUUGUACCAGAUGAUGAUGCGCUCGAACUUUCAGACGAGCUUGAUGCUGUCGACGUGACACUCGAGCUACUGGAAUUGCUGGAUGCGCUAGCUGUACCGCUGGGUCCAGCCGACGUGGCCGAGCUGGACGAAGAGCUCUCUAUACCACUGGACCUGCUACUCGAGGACGAAGACGACCCAGCUAAGCUUGACACUGGCGAGCUGACCGGACAAGAAGUGCCCGUCGUCACCACGGCCGUAAAUGUUGUCGUCGCAGUAUUCGUCACAGUCUAUCAAAAAAUUAGCUUACUCAUCUCUUUCUCGUCAUACAAUGCCACUUACGGUUCCGAGAUGAAUAUGCCGCCGUAUUACAAGCCUGAGUGGCAUAAGAAGGCUGCGGACCAAACUCCGUCGUCGUGGAGAAAUCAGUAG